AAAAACAAUAAAGCAAUCAUCUCAAAAGUUCCCCUUCUUCACCGUGUCUUCACAAUUUCUCUCGGUAGAUCCUGUAUACUAUCGCCUCCGAAAUCAUCUCCAAUAUCAUCUGGAUUGCAAACUUCGUUAGAAAUGGAUCCAACCAAGAUGGCUCCUUCCUUCUUAACGUUUAUUGGAGAAGAACCUAUAUUUUUGACCAUACCAUCUGAUUUUGCAACUAAUUUGUGGGGAGAUAAAGUCCCCUAUGGUAAAACAGUACAAAUACGGGAUGGUGACACUUUAAGGUUUGUACGGGUCAGGAAGAGAAAUGGAGAGCCUAUAUUUACUGAUGGCUGGAUUAUGUUGGUUAGGGAUAAUGUUUUGAAAUUAAAAGAUGGCGUAUUGAUAAAAGCCAUUGGGCCAUCCACAUUCGAUGUUUCAUGUUUCAAAGAAUAUGUCUGUGAGAACUCUUAUUUUACAGCACAAUUAAAUAUUGUACCUGGAAUGUUUCUUAUGCCUGAAAAUUGGAACGAAUUUUACGGUAAAUACUACAAGGAUGAAAUGGCAAGGGUAUAUGUUGGACAAAGAUUUUGGAAUGUCAAAAUGGAAGGAUGGUCGGAUUGUUGUUGUUUCACAGAUGGAUGGCUUAAAGUGGUUGAAGAGGUCCCUUUGAAGAAUGAACCUCACUUGGUUUUUACAAGGAUUGAUUCAAAAACCUUUGAAAUUUCUGUUUUUCAUCCGGACACCGGCACUGAACUUUUUUUCAAAAAAGUUGACAUGGAUAAAGGCAAGUCUAAGGUAGAUGUUGGUCAGGUUUUGAUAACCAAGAAUGAAAAUCCUACGAAGCGCACUCUUCGUAGUAGAACUAUUGUGGCUGCUGAAAAACAAUGCUAUGAUAGGCGUGCUAAAGUUCAAAAAGUUAAUGCAGAACCAUCCAUUGCUUCACCUGUCUUGAACUUCAUAAGAGUUGCUGAACACAAAAUUCGACUACCAACAGACGUGUCAUCUGUGUUGGAUCUGUCUCCUGGUAAUCUUAAAGAAGUCAGGGUUCAAAACUUGAGAGGUAAAGUAAAGAAAUUCAUGACCAGAUCUGAAAAACAUGGCAAAGGGUUCCGCUAUGGCUUGGUUGGAUGGUCUGCUUAUUUGAAGGCUUGCAAGAUCAGCUUCGGUGUUGAACUGUUCUUUGAGUUCCACAAGUCUAGUAAGCUCUUGAUAUUGUCAAAGUUGCACACAAGGUUAAAAACAAAAAGUCCUGUGCAUGAAUGUCGGAAAUGGUCGUUGUGGUUGUUAUUAUUAUAAACAGUAUGUGGUAGUCUUUGUGGUUGGGCUUUUGAGUGCUAGACGGUAUUGAAAAACUUGUGGGUUAGUUAGACACGUUUUGGUUGCUACUUAUGUACAUCUAGGGUAGAACAGAUGAACUAAAAUCAUGUGAUGUAUUAAACUUUAGUCUUAUGAUGAUGUUGUAUAUAAUAGAUGACGAAUUUUGG